GCGCACAGAAACACAAUAUACGUGACUCAUGACUUCGCGAAUUUCUGAUAUUCCCGCACUCAUAUAUCUUAUAUUCUUAAAUGUUUUAUUAACGUUACAUAAAUCUAUAUGGAGGUUGCAACUUUUUUGGACGUUUUUUGCCUGGGACCAAAGAAGACGACGGUAAUCCAUGGAAGGUGACAUGAAGUUGUCUAGUCAUGUUUGAGCCCAGUGAAAGCGCGGGUGAAUUGGGGCUCACCAUUGUGGAAUCCGGUCAUAUGUUGGUGUCCCAAGGUCACGAUCUUCUGGAUGGGUUUUCCUUGCUUGAUGCUCCAAGCUUCCUCAAAGUUCAGCAGAAAUCAGAUAUCCUCAUUUUCCGUCUGACUGUUAAGGGGGAGAGUUGUUCGAUCAGGAUGCAGUUCAGUGGCAGCAGGGCUGAGGCCCUGGAGGAGCGUGGCAGUGCAGUACUCAGACUGAAGGAGUACCUGCCUGUCACCACACAGGGGGGGCCACCACCACCACUCAGCUGCACCCCAACAUCCAAUCAGCCCCCUACCAAGACCACUGCACAGGAUCAACAGGCGAGUGCUGGGGAGGCUAUGGCUACUGAACCUAAGGUGGUCCAGGGCUUUUUAUCCAUCAAACGUCUUACCCAGGUAGGUUGGUACUGACACAACACAGUGAUUAGAUAGAUGACUGAUGAAUGCUGAGGGUGAUGAUUCACUUGAUGGAGUUUGAAAAUCGCGCGAACUGAAUAAGUAGCGGUUAUUAAACAUUCAGGAGUUACUGCUCUCACCCACUGAGCUUGAAGGCUUCCCUGCCUUGGUGGAGGAGGUGGAAGGGGAGCUGAAGAGAGUGCUCCAGGACUGAGGAGCUGAAGCUCAUCAACACGAACAGCCAGAGGGAGACAGGUCAACUCACUACACACGGUACACAUGUGGGUGGGAGGUGGGUUGUGGAAGAGUUGGGGGAUGUGUUGUUUAGAGGUCGACCAAUUAAACUUGAAAUCGGCCAUUCCGAUUUCAUAACAAUCAGAAAUCUGUAUUUUUGGACACCGAUUUGGCCAAUUUUAUUUUAUUUUUAAAAGAAAUGUACAACUUUAUUUAAUCUUUAUUUAACUAGGCAAGUCAGUUAAGAACACAUUCGUAUUUUCAAUGACGGCCUAGGAACAGUGGGUUAACUGCCUCGUUCAGGGGCAGAACAACAUAAUUGUAUCUUGUCAGCUCGGGAAUUCAAUCUUGCAACGUUACAGUUAACUAGUCCAAUGCUCUAACCACCUGAUUACAUUGCACUCCACGAGGAGACUGCCUGUUACGCGAAUGCAGUAAGCCGGGGUAAGUUGCUAGCUAGCAUUAAACUUAUCUUAUAAAAAAACAAUCAAUCAUAAUCACUAGUUAACUACACAUGGUUGAUGAUAUUACUAGUUUAUCUAGUGUGUCCUGCGUUGCAUAUAAUCGAUGCGUAUCAUUGCUCCAAUGUGUACCUAACCAUAAACAUCAAUGCCUUUCUUAAAAUCAAUACACAGAAGUAUAUAUUUUUAAACCUGCAUAUUUAGCUAAAAUAAAUCCAGGUUAGCAGGCAAUAUUAACCAGGUGAAAUUGUGUCACUUCUCUUGCGUUCAUUGCACGCAGAGUCAGUGUAUAUGCAACAGUUUGGGCCGCCUAAUUUGCCAGAAUUUUAUGUAAUUAUGACAUAACAUUGAAGGUUGUGCAAUGUAACAGGAAUAUUUAGACUUAUGGAUGCCACCCGUUAGAUAAAAUACAGAACGGUUCCGUAUUUCACUGAAAGAAUAAACAUUUUGUUUUCGAGAUGAUAGUUUCCGGAUUCAGCCAUAUUAAUGACCUAAGGCUCGUAUUUCUGUGUGUUAUCAUGUUAUAACUAAGUCUAUGAUUUGAUAGAGCAGUCUGACUGAGCGAUGGUAGGCAGCAGCAGGCUCGUAAGCAUUCAUUCAAACAGCACUUUUGUGCGUUUUGCCAGAAGCUCUUCGCAAGCAGCGAAGUUUAUGACUUCAAGCCUAUCAACUCCCGAGAUUAGGCUGGUGUAACUGAUGUGAAAUGGCUAGCUAGUUAGCGGGGUGUGCGCUAAUAGCGUUUCAAACGUCACUUGCUCUGAGACUUUGAGUGGUUGUUCCCCUUGCUCUGCAUGGGUAACGCUGCUUCGAGGGUGGCUGUUGUCGUUGUGUUCCUGGUUCGAGCCCAGGUAGGGGCGAGGAGAGGGACGGAAGCUAUACUGUUACACUGGCAAUACUAAAGUGCAUAUAAGAAUAUCCAAUAGUUAAAGGUUAAUGAAAUACAAAUGGUAUAGAGAGAAAUAGUCCUAUAACUCCUAUAAUAACUACAACCUAAAUCUUCUUACCUGGGAAUAUUGAAGACUCAUCUUAAAAGGAACCACCAGCUUUCAUAUAGCUUUCUUACAUGGCACAUAUUGCACUUUUACUUUCUUCUCCAACACUUUGUUUUUGCACUAUUUAAAACAAAUUGAACAUGUUUCAUUAAUUAUUUGAGGCUAAUUUGAUUUUAUUGAUGUAUUAUAUUAAGUUAAAAUAAGUGUUCAUUCAGUAUUGUUGUAAUUGUCAUUAUUACAAAUAUAUAUUUUUUUUAAUCUGCCGAUUUUAAUUGGAAUCAGCCCUUUUUGGUCCUCCAAUAAUCGGUCGACCUCUAGUGUUGUUCUUCAUGCUGCUGAUUGUGUAAAUGUGUGCUGGAACAUAGUGACCAUUGUGUUGUAGGAGGAUAUUUGUAGCAGGACAAAUGUUGCGGUUUUCUAGAAAGGAUUUUCGAGGCAAAAAAAUGAAAUGUAUUUUGGAGCCUUUUAUUUUCAAAAAUGUAUUAGUCUCAUAUGUUAUUGGUCUGAUGUUUUAUCGUGGCUAGAGAUACCGUAGCUCCUUCCAUUCCCACCCUAAUGUAGGUCCAUUUGCACUGCAAUACACAUGGGUACAUGGUGUAUUUAUAGGACAGGAGUCAUGCAGCUACAGCAGUGCAUUUUGCUAUACCAGCUUCCAAGUGAUCCCACAAUAUUAAAGCUUCACUGAGAAAAACAAACUGCCCCCAAUAUAUCUAUAUAUGAAUACAUAUUGCAUAGAAUAAUAGCCAUGCUGUACAAUUUCAUAAAAAUAAAAAUGAAUGAAUUAAGUUGGGAAAUAUAAAAUGUAUUUUUUUCUUUACAUACAGUAUUUGCUAUUGUUUGAACACUCGUACCUCAACAUAUACAAGACAUCCUAAGUUACUCUGAAAAAUAAACACAAAUUUUAUUUAUAACUAGAUAGAUAUAGUAGUAAUUUUCAUAUAAUCAUUUUCAAGUAAAUACUGCCAGACAUCAAAUCCCUUGCAUCACAUUUUCACUAUAAUGGCUGUUAAGUGGACUUUCCUUUCACUAAAUCAAACAUAGUUUAAUGACAUUGAAUCAGCUGUACAAAGUUAUUUAAGAAUAUAACAGUAUUUUUCAGUUCAGGACAAUUUCAUAAAAAAACAUAAUUCCUUUGGACGCAAAAUAGCCAUACAGACAUGAGGGAAAACAACAAAGUCUAUUCUGGGCAUCCUAUUGCGUAAUAAUUUGCAUGCGUUUUACAUGAUAUGUAAUACAAAAAGGAUCACCUCUGGUUGGAGGACAUGAUAAAAUGAAUAAAAGAGACAUCAAACAGCACACAAAAAAAGAUGUGCACACCUUUCGUGAUGGAAUUAGUCAUCUCUCCGUCCAGGACUGUUCAUGUAAGACUGAAUAAGUCAUGCUUAAGACAGCCAUCUUGUUCUUUUCUGCCAGUGUUACGCUGUUAUUGUUUUUUCUCAUAAGAGAGAGAUGAGAUAUGCUUCAUUAAAAAUUGCCUGGAGCUCCCUCCUCAGAUACCUUCAUAUGGUCAAGAUAUGCAGUUAGUCAUCUGUUAAUGAAAAUCGGGGGAGGAAGGAAUUAGUAUACCCUGUGUACAUUAUCACAUUCCUACAGUAUAUCACUUAGUUGACUUCCAUAUGCCUCAGAUUCCUUUUUCUAAAGGCCAGAAUACUCACUGCAAUGAGUAGCUUCUCAUUUUAUGAAGGCCGGAAUACUCACUACAACGAAUAGCUUCUCAUCUUAUAAAGGUCGGAAUACUAACUACAACGAGUAGCUUCUCAUUUUAUGAAGGCCGGAAUACUCACUACAACGAGUAGCUUUUCAUUUUAUAAAGGCCGGAAUACUCACUAUGAGGAGUAGCUUCUCAUUUUAUAAAGGCCAGAAUACUCACUACGACGACUAGCUUCUCAUUUUAUAAACGCCGGAAUACUCACGACGAGUAGCUUCUCAUUUUUAUAAAGGCCAGAAUACUUACUGCAACGCGUAGCUUCUCAUUUUGUAUUCCUCUGGCGCACAUUUUUGUCUUUGUGGUUGUUUGUCGAAUUUGUUUUCCUAGUGAAGAAAUACCAAGAGAAAUACCAAUUCCAGGGGGAAAUUAUUAUAUGUAUAUAUACAGUGCAUUCGGAAAGUAUUCAGACCCAUUGACUUUUCCACAUUUUGUUACUUUACAGCCUUAUUGUAAAAUUUAUUACAUCAUUUCCCCCCCUCAUCAAUCUACACACAAUGUCCUAUAAUGCCAAAGCAAAAACAGGUUUUUACAUUUUUUUGUAAAACAGAAAUACCUUAUUUACAUAAGUAUUCAAACCCUUUGCUAUGAGUCUCAAAAUUGAGCUCAGGUGCAUUCUGUUUCCAUUGAUCGUCCUUGAGAUGUUUCUACAACUUGAUUGGAGUCCACCUGUAGUAAAUUCAAUUGAUUGGACAUGAUUUCGAUUUGCACACACCUGUCUAUAAGAUCCCACAGUUGACAGUGCAUGUCAGAGCAAAAACCAAGCCAUGAGGUCAAAGGAAUUGUCUGUAGAGCACAGACACAGAUUUGGGGAAGGUAUAAAAAAAAAAAGUAUAAAAAAAACAUUGAAGGUCCCCAACAACACAGUGGCCUCCUUCAUUCUUAAAUGGAAGAAGUUUAGAAUCACCAAGAAUGUUCCUACAGCUGGCCGCAGGUGAGAAGGGCCUUGGUCAGGGAGGGAACCAAGAACCGAUGGUCACUCUGACAGAGCUCCUGAGUUCCUCUGUGGACAUGGGAGAAACUUCCAGAACCAUCUUUGCAGCACUCCACCAAUCAGGCCUUUAUGGUAGAGUGGCCAGACGGAAGCCACUCCUCAGUAAAAUGCACGACAGCCCGCUUGGAGUUUUCCAAGAGGCACCUAAAGGACUCUGACCAUGAGAAACAAGAUUCUCUGGUCUGAUGUUAGAUUGAACUCUUUGGCCUGAAUGCCAAGGGUCACGUCUGGAGGAAACCUGGCACCAUCCCUACAGUGAAGCAUGGUGGUAGCAUCGUCGUGCUGUGGGCAUGUUUUUCAGCGGCAGGGACUGGGAGACUAGUCAGGAUCGAGGGAAAGAUGAACAGAGCAAAGUACAGAGAGAUCCCUGAUGAAAACCUGCUCCAGAGCGCUCAAGACCUCAGACGGGGGAGAAGGUUCAUCUUCCAACAGGACAACGACCCUAAGUACACAGCCAAGACAAUGCAGGAGUGGCUUCGGGACAAGUCUCUGAAUGUCCUUGAGUGGCCCAGCCAGAGCCCAGACUUGAACCCAAUCAAACAUCUCUGGAGAGACCUGAACAUAGCUGUGCAGCAGCGCUCCCCAUCCAACCUGACAGCUUGAGAGGAUCUACAGAGAAGAAUGGGAGAAACUCCCCAAAUAUUGAUGUGCCAAGCUUGUACAGGGGUUCCUCCUUUAUAAUUUGCGAGCUUACACCGCAGGACCUAGAGGUACUCAGCGGCACGGCUUCAUGGCUCCAGACCACCGCAAGGGGGAUUUAGAGCACUCAUUAUGCAUUUGGGUCCCAAGGUUUUUAUAUGACCAAUCAUAUUGAGCGGUUCCAAUGACAAAUUUGACACGAGCCACCCGUCCCUGGUGACUUUCUUCAGCAAAGAUGGCUGAGAAAAUAUUACGGUGGUAGCAAAUGUAAGUAAUUAUAACAUCAUAACAAAUCAAGCAAAACAUAUACAAUUAAGAGGAAUAUGUUAGUUAAUGUAGAGACAAACGAUUGUGCAUAUUUUUUUGUCAUAAAGUUCAUGUACAAAAACCGCUAUUUAGCAAGUUAGCUGACUAGCUAACAUUAGCCAGCUAGCUAGUGUUAUGACAUGAGUAUGAAAAUGUAAUUCGCGUUUAAUGUUUUAGGGACUCCUGAGAGAACCUGCAAGCCAGACUGUCGUCUUGUGAAACAGUGGAUGUAAAGAAUCUAGCUAGCUGAAGCAUUUUCUGCAAAUUGAAUGUACAAUUGUUAGCUUGCCUUGCUUAUAUUUGCCAUGCAAUGCAGCUGAAGUAACAUAGCUAGCUAACUAUUUAUUUGCUUAUUGUGUAGUGGAAGAUAAAAAAUAACUGUAUUCCUAUGAAUGUGUAGCUAGCUACAGUAUGUAGCCGAUCUGUGUAUGGACCCUUAAAACGUUAGGUUCUGAACUAAUAUUCAUACCAAUGAACCUCGGCUAUCAUAGUUGUUGUAUCAACUUCAAGUCUGAAUGGCAUUAAUGAAGCCUAUGGAUUGAGUAGAAUAUAAUAACUUUAUUGUGCCAAGGAUGCAAGUCCUAUAUACAUGUACUGUUAUUACCAUGCAUGAGAUCCCCACAUUGUAGCCUGUACAUUGAAUAUAUUCACUGAUCAUGUACACUUCCUUGGCAAAUAAAGGUGCGGUUCAGGUAUGAA